AUGGAGCGGUUGAAGCUCGGACCGACGGAGUUAUGGAACGGAUUGGUGUUGCAUCAUAAGGAUGUGUUUGUCUCGCAUGUGCUUCCGAAAUUGAAGACGACAGAUCGGUUUUUCUUUUCAGAGGUGAAUAGAGAGAGUUGGGGUGUGCUUGAGUAUGCCGGGGUAAACGUAUCGGGAUUAGGUUACUCUAUUGUUGAAUUAACAUCUAUUUCAACGUUGGAAUGGGCGUGGAAUAACAUACGCUGGGGAGAGAAAUAUGAAGAUGGAAGAGUGAAAGACCAAGCGUGGUUUUGCAUGGGAGUUGCUGGAACGAACAAACUCGAGUUUCUCAAGUGGGCGAGAGAAGUGAAACACUGCGAGUGGGAUGAAUGGACGAUUAAAGCGGCAGCAGCUAAAGGUAAUCGCGAGAUGUUGAAAUACUGUUUCUAUAAUGGUUGCCCGUGUGAUAAAAACGCUUCGUGUAAACAAGCUGCUCUUGGAGGACACCUCGACUGUGUUCGAUUUCUUUUCGACAAAGUGAAACCUUCGCGAGAUAUGGAAGAAGAAGUGGCAGGACAAGCAACAGGUGCUGGUCACGUGGAGAUCUUGAAAUAUAUCGUCGAAGAAAGAAAGAUAUCUGAUGUAGCAAAGCUCGCCUGCGCGGGACAAGCUGCGUGGCAAGGCCACCUCAAUUGCCUUCAAUACUUAGUCGAAGAGGCGAAAGUGCCUCUUGACAACUGGCGAUACAUCGCUUCGGCUCGGAUCUUAAAGCACCACGACUGCCUAAACUACUUGCUCGAAAAAGGAUCUCCAGAACCAACGGACGAAGAAUACGAUUUGUUUGACGAGGAACAACAACAACUACGCUUCAGAACAGCGAUUGCGAGGUUAGCGGGAUUUCCGGGAUUCUGA